AAUAGAGCAAGAGAUCAAAGUCGGAUCUGUGGCAUAUUUUUAAAAAGUUAAAUAAAAUGAUUACGUUUAAAAUAACAAAAGCGUUUAGUUGCGUCGAUAUCAAUAAUAAUUUGAACAUUUACGUUUUUUACCACAUAAGACAGUGUUUAGAUAUUUUUAUUUCCUGGAUUGUUUCUUAUUUUUUAUAAACUGUUAGCUUGUACCGUGACAAUUAAAAUUCGCAUUAUACAGGAAAGAAGAACGUAACCUAAAUAUUAUCCAAUUUGAACUUGAAUCAGUACACUAUGACUAAACAAUAAAGUUGAAUUUUAAUAAGGAUUAAAACCACCGUUCCCAAAAAUUUAGCAAUAAGUUAUGUCAGUUGAUGUGUAAAUUAUUAUUGAGUUAAAGAUGUUAUUGAACAUAUCAUAUUGUCAACCAAACAUUUCUAUAUGGGAUGUUUGGGUGAAUAAUGGAAUAUCCCAAUGCUUUAUGAAUACCUGGUCUCCUUCAAUAUUGGCAGGAUAUAUACUAAUAGUUGGGUCAAUACAACUAUGUAUUUAUAGAAGAUUUGCUAACCAAGUCUCACCAGUUUAUUUACCAACAUCCAAAUUAUAUAAUCUUCAAAUUGCUGCAAUAUUGUUUAUACCAAUUUUAGAAGUUGUUAGAUUUGUUUUAAGGUUAACGGUUUAUGAUGAUAAACAACUUUACGGAUAUAUGAUAGUUUCAUUGUUGUUAACAGUAUUUGCUUUUCCAUUUUCACUUUGGGUUGUAAAAGUUGAACGAUAUUAUUUAUUACAAUCAGUUCCAAAUAGAGGUCAUGGGAUUGGGUUAUUAAUUUUUUGGACAUUGGCAUUUUUGUCAGAAAACUUGGCUUUUCUAAAUUUGAGUCAGAAGAGUUGGUGGUUUCAACUUAAAGAUUUAACUGAUCGACUAGAGAUGUCCCUUUUUGUAUUUCGUUAUGUUACUUAUCUACUUAUAUUCUUUUUGGGCAUGAAAGCUCCUGGAAUAAUACAAAAUGUUGAUUAUUUUAGUCUAAAUGAUGCCCAAACAACUUUUCCCAAUAUGGAAUCGGACAAUAGAUCGACAUGGCACAACUUUUGGAAGAAAGUGAAAAUUUUGUCACCCUUCUUGUGGCCAAAAAAAGAUGUUACUUUACAAAUGAGGGUGUUGUUUUGUUUUUUGUUAUUGGCAGGAGGAAGGGCCAUCAAUUUAUAUGUUCCUAUUUAUCAAAAACUUAUCGUUGAUAGUUUAUCUGAAACACCGCAAAGUGGACCUUUAGCUUUUCGAUGGGACUGGGUUUUAGUAUAUGUAGGAUUGAAAUUUUUACAAGGAGGUGGUACUGGAAGUAUGGGUUUUCUAAAUAAUUUAAGAUCAUUCAUGUGGAUUAGGGUACAGCAAUACACCACAAGGGAAGUGGAAGUAGAAUUAUUCCGCCACUUACACAGCCUUUCGUUGAGAUGGCAUUUAGCCAGAAAAACAGGAGAAGUUCUUAGAGUUAUGGACAGAGGAACGGACAGUAUUAAUAAUUUAUUGAAUUUCAUUAUAUUUUCAAUUUUUCCAACCAUAGUGGAUAUUUUGAUAGCUGUGAUAUAUUUCAUUGCAGCUUUUAACAUUUGGUUUGGACUUAUCGUUUUCGUUACAAUGGUGUUAUACAUAACUUUAACAAUUAUAAUAACGGAAUGGAGAACAAAAUUCCAGAGACGGAUGAAUUUAGCUGAUAACGAAACUAGGGCUAGAAGUGUAGAUUCCUUACUCAAUUUUGAAACAGUGAAGUAUUAUGGAGCAGAACAAUAUGAAGUUGAUGCGUUCAAGGAAGCUGUUCUUAAAUACCAGGAAGAAGAAUUUAGAUCCAGUGUCACAUUAAAUAUUCUGAAUACAAUGCAGAACAUUUUAAUUUGCGGUGGAUUAUUAGCUGGAAGUUUACUAUGUGUGUAUCUUGUAGUAGUACCACAUACUCUACUUCCAGGAGACUAUGUUUUAUUUGCUACUUAUAUUGUACAGCUUUAUGUACCCCUUAAUUGGUUCGGUACAUAUUAUAGACAAAUCCAAAAGAAUUUCGUCGAUAUGGAAAAUAUGUUUGAUCUAUUAAGAGAAGAACAAGAAGUUAUUAAUGCACCUGGAGCACCCGAUAUGAACCUCAAGCGAGGAGGUGUGGAAUUCAAUAAUGUUAAUUUUGGAUAUCUUCCAGAAAAGUUGGUGUUGAAGAAUGUUACAUUCUCGGUUCCUCCUGGUAAAACGGUCGCUUUUGUAGGACCUUCGGGUAGUGGUAAGAGUACAAUAAUUAGACUCCUAUUUAGAUUUUAUGACGUUGAGACUGGAUCCAUUGUGAUAGAUGGACAGAAUAUUAAGACUGUUUCUCAAGAAUCUCUAAGACGAGCUAUCGGUGUAGUACCGCAGGAUACGGUACUUUUCAACAAUACUAUUAAGUAUAAUAUUAAGUAUGGUCGAUUGACUGCAACCGAUGCAGAUGUAAUAGAAGCAGCUAGAGGCGCAGAUAUACACGAAAGAAUCUUAACGUUCCCAGAGGCAUAUGAAACGCAAGUAGGAGAAAGAGGACUAAGGUUAAGUGGUGGAGAGAAGCAGAGGGUCGCAAUAGCUAGGACGUUGUUAAAAGCACCUGCUAUUAUUUUACUAGAUGAAGCUACAAGUGCAUUGGAUACUCAAACUGAAAGAAAUAUACAAGAUUCCUUGGAUAGAAUGUGUACGAAUAGGACGACAAUUAUAGUAGCACAUCGCUUGUCUACGAUUAUUCACGCUGAUGAAAUAUUGGUACUACAAGAAGGUGAAAUAGUCGAAAGAGGUAGACAUGAACAUUUAAUAGGACAAGAAGGUGUAUACGCCAACAUGUGGCGACAACAAUUAGAAAGCAAAGAUAAAGAUUCUUUAGAGAGUACUCAAGAUACGCAAUGAAAAGUUUUGUUGCAUAGUUUUUCAAUUAAUUAUUAUAUUAGAUUUUUAAUUCGAUUAAAUUUCCUGAUUUUAAAGGACUAUUUAGUCUAAAAAUUUAGGACAGCAACAAUCUUUGAUUGUGAACAAUGUUGUAAGAUAUUCCAUUUAUCUUUUAUAGAAAUUUUCUUAGAAUCAAUUUUAUUCGUUUAUAUUGAUGAAUUCUAUCAGAAUAUUAUCGUAAAUUGAUUGUAUUCAACAAAUAUUCAAAUUAUUGACUAUUAUAUAAUAAUUUUGAUUAUGAAAUAAAAUGUUCUACAAGUAAUUUAUAAA